GUCACUCUGCAUCACAUCUGUACCAAACACAGAAGAUUUCUUGCAUCCUGUGAAUAUAGAAAUAAGAGUAACCUGUGUAGUGUAAUCCUGCGUGGCGGAGGUGGCGAACGACUUGCUCCGAGCACAGAGUUCAACGUUUAACAUCAGUCGGGCGCUUAUUCUGAUCCCAAGCUUUUUCUCCCUUCCUAUGAUUCCGCUGUUCACGGUGUGUACGGUAAAAGUCUCACUGUACAUCGCGCACACGCAUUGUACAGUACUUAAGUACUUAUGUCCAGGUCAGUUGCUAUGCCCGAACAAGCAAUUUCCGCCAAAGCUGGCAGUUCGAUCCUGUUUGAUCAUGUGAUCUGAUAUCUUAGGUGACGAACGUGCGCCACCGCCCAGUGUCUGCCUACACCCUAAGUGUCUCAGCUAAAAUGCAAUCCCUCGUCCAUCUUGUACCUCUUCACCUUCAUCCACCUUGAACACCAGCCAUGUCGGAAUCUGCUGCCAGGAUACGCCCAUUCCAACCGUCAGACCAGAAGCUGGUCCGCUUCUAUGUAGGCAAGAGUCGAAUGGAGGGGUUAACGUCUGCCAAUGUCAGAGCACUUUCUUCUGCAUUCGUUCACUACAUGCAAUGGUGGCCAAGACGGGAGAAGGGCCUCUUGGAGAACCUAUCACCCCUGUCUGCAUUUGCAUGCAUGGCCCUUCCUAUCAUGUUCAUCACCGAUUGGGUCAACCGGCCUGACUUUGAAAAGAGCAUGAACGAUGCUCUUCGCAGACCCGACCUCGUUGACACGGCUAUAUAUUAUGCAAGGUCACCCGCAUCUGGAUUCUGGAUUCUUGAGUUUAACGACAGGUUUGUCGGCCUCAUUGCUGUGGAUGCAUCUCUCGAUUCCACUUCCGAUGAAGUCGUGGUGGGUUCCGACAAACCCGCUGAGGAGAACGCCAAACCCGCAAAAUCAUAUUCCACCAAGGGAACCUCAAACGUUGCGACUAUUCGCCAUUUCUACGUUGAGGAACCAUACCGAACAGCCUCUGUACAAGAUGACCUUUUGGAGCAUGCUAUCAAGCAUGCUUUUGCAGAGAAGGAAGUGGAGCGGAUCCGUGCGGUGAACGAGUCAUUGGUACCAUACAUCGGUGAAGCUUUGCACCGACAAGGCUUCGUAUCUGCAAGUGUGUUGGAGACGGUUGGUGUCUUGAACUGGCACGUACACGAGAGUGUUUUGGAGAGAAAGGUUUGGGAGUCAAAACAAAAGGCAUAAUGUCUCGUCCAUGUUGUAAUAGGGGUAUAUCUUGUGAGCAUAGUCACGGUCCAAAAGAUCAAUAGUACUAGUUGUAUGCGGAUUGUAAUAUGAUAUUGUACUCGCGCCGAU